CUUUAAGGGAUUACACCAAGUCCAUGCAGAGGACCCUCCUCCCCCAUUACUCACACACAGCCCUGCCUGCAGAAGCAAAAACUUAACACAACAACGGUCCGUGGAAGAUCUCAAGCUCCUAACAUCCUCCAGUCUUGGCUUGGUUAUUAUUUUUUUUUUAACCGUGCUUAAUAAAUCAGAAUAUUCAUUUGAAUUAUUUUGUAAUUUCUCAGUGCUGGGCUUCAGACAACGUUUCGGGCAGUGAAUCCUAACUUUGCCUCCUUGCUGAGGAUAUUGCAGAUGACUGGCUCAUGUUGUCCCUUCUGCAUGUCAAAUAUGGACCGGGCCUAGUUGUUGCAUUGCUUCUUUUCUAACAGAUCUUUUGAAUCUCUGUUCCAACAUUUUUCUAUAUACAAUAAAAAGGCAACGCUGCUGAUACCCGUAUUCUGGCAUCAUCUGCAGCUUCAGAGACCACCUGAAGAUCUGGAGAGAUGUCCUUAAGGUCAUACUUCUAGACCUGCUCAGUUCCUGGAGACAUCACAUGAUAUUCCCGAGGCAGGGUAGCCUGGGACCUCCUGACUUGUUUUGACUUUUGUCUUUCGUGCUUGUGGUUUGAUCUGUUGGACAAGGACAAUCCCAGGACACAGCUCUCCUCUUGCUGGGUUGACAUUCAAUGCAUGGCUUAGGACUUCAGUUUAUGGAAUUAGGCUCCAGCUACCAAAGCAUCUGCAAAGAUUCCCACUCGUGUUCUUUCCACGCUCCAGAAAUGCUUUUCCACAGCCUAUCAGGGGGGGAGAUGCAUGGGGUCAUCGAUGAGAUGGACAGAAGAUCCAAGACUGAAACCUCAGCAAUCAGCUCCGCAAUCGACAGAGGGGAAACUGAAACGACCAUGCCCUCUAUCAGCAGUGACCGGGCAGCCUUGUGUGCCGGCUGUGGGGGGAAGAUUUCCGACCGGUACUACCUCCUGGCAGUGGACAAACAGUGGCACAUGCGCUGCCUCAAGUGCUGUGAAUGUAAAUUAAACCUGGAGUCUGAACUUACCUGCUUCAGCAAAGAUGGCAGCAUCUACUGCAAAGAGGACUAUUACAGGAGGUUUUCUGUCCAGAGAUGCGCCAGAUGUCACUUAGGAAUCUCUGCUUCAGAAAUGGUGAUGAGAGCAAGGGACUUAGUUUACCACCUCAACUGCUUUACCUGUAACACUUGCAACAAGAUGCUGACCACUGGGGACCAUUUUGGGAUGAAGGACAAUUUAGUAUACUGCAGACUCCACUUUGAGACUCUGAUACAGGGAGAGUAUCAAGUCCAUUUCAAUCACUCGGAAGUAGCAUCAGGGAAGGGCUCAGGACUAGGGUCUGGGGCUAACCCCCUAGGGUUGCCUUAUUACAAUGGCGUGGGGACUGUGCAAAAAGGGAGGCCGAGGAAGAGGAAGAGUCCAGGGCCUGGUGCAGAUCUGGCAGCCUAUAAUGCAGCACUUAGCUGCAAUGAAAAUGAUGGAGACCAUAUGGACAGAGACCAGCAGUACACACCCAACCAGAAAACCAAACGCAUGAGGACUUCCUUCAAACACCAUCAGCUACGGACAAUGAAGUCGUACUUCGCAAUUAACCACAACCCGGAUGCAAAGGACUUAAAACAGCUAGCUCAGAAGACAGGUUUAACCAAAAGAGUCUUACAGGUCUGGUUUCAGAAUGCAAGAGCCAAAUUCAGAAGGAACCUCCUGCGUCAAGAAAACAAUGGAGUGGACAAAACAUCAGAUUCCACACUUCAAGCUGGGACUCCUUCAGGACCAGCUUCAGAAAUAUCUAAUGCCUCAAUGAGCCCCUCAAGCACUCCAACCACAUUAACAGACUUAACAAACCCUACCAUGCCAACUGUGACCUCCGUACUAACAUCGGUGCCUGGCAGCUUAGAUGUACAUGAGUCUCGAAGCCCUCCGCAAACAACACUUACAAAUCUGUUCUGAUGACUCUCUGAAAAAUUUCUUUAAUAUAAAGAAAAUAUUUUUAGUCAAUUUCCAAGUGUAUUUUAAUAGAGACUUUGCUCAAUGAAUAAAUAACAUUUUUGGGGGUAUGUCCUGGUGAAAAGAUCAUUGUCCUAGUGUGAAGAUAAACUGGUGGAUUGCUUGGAAGAUGUAUCUGCAGCACAACAUUUGUGUAAUUGUACAGUUUUGCGGACUAAACAAGGGAAAGAACCAUUAAUUUAAGUUGGCUGAAUCUUCUGUAUUCUCAAAGACUGUUACGUGCCUUAAAUACUGUCUUAUCAACAUUUCUCUCUGUAUAUUUAUGACCAGAACAAAAUUGUUACAAGUUUGUUACUUUUGAAAUAGUCCUUAAAGUACUUUGUUUUAGACAUUUUUUCAACAAAAUCUUUAGCUAAUGAUGUAAUGUCUGAGCAGGAAUAGAUCUCAUGGUGGCUUGACAGACACUGCUUUCUAAGGUUUGCAAUGGUUUUACCAUUAAGAGACCAUUUGUAGUAAGCACCCAUUACUCUACAUCUUCAUUAAAUUACGUGGUUAUGUCAAGAAUACUCUUUGGAUAACUUGCCUCUUAAAUUGAGACAAUCUGACCCGAUCUGUAAAUGUGUGAACAUACCAUGGCAAAUUUAAGAGAUAUUUGUUGCUGGCCAGCAUGAAAUAAGUAUUAAACACACCUAGAUAUGAAUUGCCAUUCAUGCACAUCAACAUUUAUUCAUUUACAGGGGCCCUAGUGAGGGUAAGAGAUUUGGCCAUCAGCACAUGAAAUAAAUAGUAUCAGUGCUUUAUCUUAAUCUGUUUAAACAAAUAAGUAUAUUUCACUGUGAAAGCUCAUUUGAGUGCUAAAGAACAUCUUGUUGAUUGUAGAACAAUCUUCUAAAAGACUCCACAAGAUUCCUUUUCCUAUUUUUCUGCAGUAUUAAAUUUUUUUUUUUGAAGAAACAUCAACUCAGUGAACAUAAAGGAAGAUCAUGAAAUAUUCCUGUAAUUUAAGUAAUAAGUGGACAUUACAGUCACUGUAAAUUCAUCUCUAUAGUCUUGUAUAAGCAGGCCCCCAUUACCUCCCUAACAGUACUACGUUGAACCUCAAUUCCCAUGACAUCUAUUGCACAAGUGCUCUCUCCGAGUGGGGUCUUUAUCCAGAGCACCAGGUGGUGUUGGUGUUUGUGGGAAUGAUAGUGAUAUCUAAAAUAUCCAUUUAGCUAUACAAAAUUAUUAACAAAAUUGAUUCAGACUUUAGAAUUUAUAGUGGUUUCAAGAAGAGCAAUAUCUUGCUGUCCAAAUGUUUAAUUAGGGGGUCUUUGUAUAUCCAAAUC